AUGGCCUCGCUACAGAUGCACUCGAGCGCCCUGGGCGGCCCCCACGGCCCCGUCAAAAUUACAAAGUCGCGCGGUCGCACCGCCGUCAAGCCCAUCCUCAAGAAGCUACAGUCUCACCACUCAGACCGCGAGUCCCUCGAUCUUGACCGAGGCUGGGACGACCAGCCAUCACCGCGCCUCAGCUCGCUUGAUUUCGGGUCCGGACCUUACGACAGUGACGGCGGUGGCUACUUUGGCUCGUCCAGCCAGUAUGGCGGUAAUGCAGGCGCUGGCAGGACGGCCCGCGACGUAAGCUUCUCACUUGCAUCUGGAGACUACGGCAGCGGCGUGGGAGCCAGAGGCAAAUUCUCGCACGCGCGCUCCACCAGCGGCACCUCCCAUGCCUCCAUCGCCACCACCAACAGCAGCGGGCGCAACGGAGGCUCCUUCGUCCAUCCCUUCCAGCAGACCCCCCAGAUGGCCGCCGCGACGCCUCUCACCUACACGAACCCGCGCGCCUCUUUCGACAACUCGCCCACCAUCACCGAGGACGACGGCGACGACGUCGACCCCUACCCCUCCUACCAUUCCACCGCCUCCUCUGCCAGCCGCCCCGCCGUCUACCAAGCAGCCCAUCUGCAGCAGCAGGGCCAGCGACGGCCUUCGCUUGCCAGCCAGCGCACCGGCUCCGUGUCGGAUGGCGCCCAAACGCUGCGAGUGACAGCAAGCAGAUCCCACUCGGGCUCUGUGCAACGUCUCACCUCGAGCUCGGUGAACCAGAGCCGUUCUGAGCUGCAGCUGAGUACUGCCAACUCGGUCAUUGAUUCACCAUUGUCGACGACGGCACCGCUCACGACUUCGCCCACCCUCUUAUCGUCUACCCAAGGUGGCGCUGCAAGCACCGCGACAACAGUCACACCUGCACAAUCGUGCUCGUCGUCAGCAAGUCCCAUGUCCCCCCUUCGAAGCUCGCUCGAUAUGGGCGGAUUCCGCCUCCGCUCACGGAGCGAGGUCGACACAUUUACCCGCCAAGAGCAUGUUCGUGAGGCGCGUCGCAAGUUUGAGGCCAAGGAACGCGCAAAAGAAGAGAAGUACGCACGUGAGCAGUCACGCAAAGAAGCGCACAAGCAAGAGCGCGGACAGCCCCGCCUACGGAAAGAGAGCCACGGCAGCCAGCCCGGCGCAAUCAACACGGCUGGCCUGCACCGGAGAAGAACGCCCAAGCCCGACGUGGCCACCGAAGAGCCCAACGAGAAGGGCGUGCAUGCCGGCCAGGAAGCCGACGGGAUCCUCGACUCCCAGCCCAGAGCCGACAGCGUGCAAUUCAAGUCACCAAAGCGCACAAAGACGGCCAAGCACAAGACCAUGGGCGUAUGGACAUCGUUUAUGCUUUGGCUCAGAACCCGGCUGCUCAAGCUGGGGAGAUAG